AUUAUUAUUAUUUUAAUUUCAACUUAAAUUAAUACCCAUAAUCCUCUCUCUAUUCUCAGCAUUCACAUUUUUCAUUUGUCGCGUCACCAAAGCGUUACAUUUCUCACACACCGCUAUCUGUUUAUCUAUUUGUAUCUAUAUAUCAAAUGGCUAUGAUGUGGAGAGGAAAUUUGGUGAUUCAAUAUUGAUCGGAAUUUGAGAAUUCAAGCUAUGAGACUUGGUACUUGUUGAGUCAGGCAUACUCCAAUUUAGACCCUUGGUAUUAUAAUGAUUACGUACGAGCAAGAUCCUGAUGUUGUGCGAUGGGGUCUCCAGCUUUUCGACACUGAUCCAUAUCCUAAUUAUGGAGGCUGUGGUUCCAUUUUGCAACAAAAUACAGACUAUUGUCCUGGGGACUACCUUAAAGAAUAUAACUGUGGCUCAGAAUCUAGUAAUGCAGAAAACCAUGAUUUCUCAUUUAACUGUCUACAGGAAGAACUAUUACAACUUUCCGUUGCAGAACAAUCUAAAUCUUUCCAGGAGGGUGUAGACCAUUCGCAAACAUCUUUGUAUUCUCCAAAUUGGUUUACUCAGUCACCGGGAAACUACACCUUUGGAAAUGGGAAUUGCGAAGAAGAAGCAACUGAUUUGGAAGUAUCUGCUUCUUAUUCUAGCCCAGGAGGAGAGUCAUAUUGUGGGGAGGAGUGGUCAUAUUCACUAGACCUAAUGGAUGGGAAUGCUUUGGAUGGUGAAUUAGGCAAAAGAUUGAACCAGAUGAUUCCUAUUCCUCAUAUUCCUAGAAUUAAUGGUGAAAUACCCUCAAUUGAUAAAGCAACUUUAGAUCAUCAAAGGCUUCUAGACAGAUUACUGGUGUAUGAGCUGGUAGAAUUUAAGGUUCGAGGCGAUGGUAACUGCCAGUUUAGAGCUCUAUCAGAUCAAUUUUACCGUACUCCUGAGCAUCACAAAUUUGUGCGACAACAAGUAGUAAAUCAGCUCUCGUCUUGCCCAGAGAUAUACGAGGGAUACGUACCGAUGGCUUACGACCAAUAUUUGAAAAAGAUGUCCAAGAGUGGCGAAUGGGGUGAUCAUGUCACUUUGCAGGCUGCUGCAGAUUCGUAUGGUGUAAAAAUACUUGUCAUAACAUCAUUUGAGGACACCUGUUACAUUGAGAUACUCCCAAACAUUCAAAAGUCUGAACGAGUUAUUUUCUUGAGCUUUUGGGCUGAGGUUCAUUACAACUCAAUAUAUCCCGAAGGAGAUUGUCCGACAUUGAAGACGAAAAAGAAGAAGUGGCUGGUUACUCCAGAUGUGCAUUUGGAAUCACCAGAUGAUUUCAAUUGACAGAAUGGUAAUAGGUAAUUGAUCAUAUGCAACCAGUUUAUUUCUGUAGCAUCAGGAAGCCAUUCAACACCUGCAAGUUUUUCUCUGCUGCUGCUCUCAAUUGUUUGCACCUGCUGAUGCAAUUUAAUCUCGUUUCAUUCUGAAUAAUUUAAUUCUUCUUCACAUAUGUUAGCUUGUGCAGCAAGCGAAUGCCUUGAUCAUAAAUUUGUAACUUUUUGUUUAUCAAAACCAAUUACAUUGAGAAAUUCUGGAUCAAUGCAAAAUUAUCAAGAUUGUAUAUGAAACUUUUUGCAGCA